UCACCUCUCGCUCAUUCAAUGGACAGCGGCGCGAAGAAGAUCCUCGAGUCUGUUGCCGUUAAGACCCUCCACGCCCACAACUUCUCCCGCUCGUCCACCCAGGCAAACCAGGUUCUCACAGACCUGCUCUCCCGCUACCUCACCCUCUUCGCCUCCACCUGCGCAAAGUACGCCGAGCAUGCAGGCCGUCUGCGCCUCACGAUCAACGAUGCGACACACGCCAUGGACGAGCUCGGCACGAGCGUCGAGGAGCUGUCCGAGUACUGCGCCACGGAGGGCAGGGAGAUGGCGCGCUACGCCGUGCAUUCCAGCAAACGACUGGAGGACCUGAACGAGCUCAAGGCGCAACUCGCCAUUGGUCUGGCGGGCGACCUCGAUGAUCGCAUACCGCUACACUGGGGCCCCGUACCCGACGACUUGCCCUCAGAGGAGGAAGAGGAGAGCGACUUUGACGAGGUAGAGACGCCAGAUGGGCAGAGCGUGCAUGCAGAGGUCAAGAUGGCCGACCACCACUCCGAAGACGAGGACGUGACGAUGGGCGAGCCUGAGAUCGUGCCGCCUAAAGACCCUUUGACGCGACCUCCACCCACACCCCCCUUGCCUUUAUCGCCCGUCUCAAACCCCUCUUCACCACCCCCACGCAAACGACAAAGGACGGCAGGAUGGCAUCCACCAGAAUAUAUACCCGACUUCCUGCCUCCGUUCCCCACCCACGGACCACAGCGGACCCCGAGUCCACAACCGCCAACAUCAGAUCUGGCUGCGAUAUCCGGAAGUCCAGUCAAGAUGGAGCGUCCAAAUACGCCCCCAUUGCAGCAGGCCGACGUCGCCGCCGCCGCUACAGCGUCCUCUGCGAACCCAUCCGCGGACUACCUCACGCAGAUCCCGUACGAGGAGUCGUCUUUGGCCAAGCAGCCCGCAUGGCACCUCCCGCAGCCGCCACCGCCCUCCGACAACGACUCAGGCGCGUCGUCAAGCCGGUCAGCGAUGCCGCUUCCGCAGGUUCAGCCCGCGCUGCUCGGCGCGUACCACCACAUCCUCACGCACCCGCCGCCCCCGCGCGUGUCGACCGUAAACCCUGCGCGGUACCGCGCCGCGCUCGCGUUCCUUGCAGACUCUGAGGCGAACCCGCGUUGGGACGCGCCGACGACGCUGUUCGGAGCCACGGCUCCCAACCCGCCCAGAGUCGCGCCGAUGCCGCCGUCGUUUGCAGUCCCGAUCGGGAGGGCCCCAGGGACUCCAGAAGUGAAGGAGAAAGAGGAAGAGAAGCGGACGGCGCUGCCAGGCGCACCUGCACGGACGAUCAUGCCGUGCGAGAGGCUUGUACCGACAGUCAGCCAGCCAGGGUCGAGGCUGCCGAAGCUGGCCAGACAAGUGUUGUCGAGCCAGGUGUACGCGCGCACGACGCGGCUGCAGCACCCGCCGGUGCUGCAGCGCGGGAGCCAGAAGCUGACGUACGGCCCUGGGGUGAACGCGCCGUGGAACGCGAGCUUCUCGCCGAUGCCGGCGUCGACGCCCGCGCCGGGCAAGGGCAAGGAGGCGGCGGCGGGCGUGAACGGGGCGGCUCCGAACGGGAAGGAGAAGGAGAAGGAGCCGCCGCGGCCGCUGCCGGACGCGCGGCUGUAUGCGACGUGGAGUUACGAGCAGAAGGGGUUCGACGAGGUGCUCGUGGUGCGGCGGCGGAUGGGGAGCGUGCACAACCCGAAGAGCGAGAGCGCGAACUGAGCGCGCCCGCAUCGGUGCCUGGGUUAGAGGGUUGUGUGGCUGGGCUGGUGGGCAUCUCAUCGAGGGUGUUCAUGAUGGACCAGGAGUGUGGGAGGGGCGGCGCGGCGACGAGAUGGCAGAUGCCAAUGUCUCUGUGCGCGCCCGUGGGUUGUUGGAGUAGGACUGUGCAUUGUGUACCAUUACGAAGCCACUGCAGUUUAUUCGACCUGCUUUCGAG